AUGGAGAAGUGCAAUAUUCAAGGAACAGAGAUUGAGUUACCAAUUGAUCUUAUUGAGAACGUAAGUUGGAAUUUUACAACCUGUGUUGUGUAGGGGUAAAUUUUAAUAGAUGUGACAAGGUCUCCAGGCAGUUGUUGAAAGGUAGGUGUCACAACUGACAAUUAAUAUAUUAAAGCUCUCUCAUAUUAAAGUUACCUUCUGGUUUAUAAGACUUGAAGUUUGUGAAAGGCAACUUGCUUACCCAUCUACCUGGGUGGAAGGCACCAACAAGUUGCCACAGGAGAAUUGCAGCAGUAACUGUUUUCGGCACUACCUCUACGUUGGCACAGACCGAACUAUAAUGUCCAACUUAGGUAGCGUCAACAAAUAGGUUUUGUCACACUUAACCGCAUUAGUGCCAUUAAGGGGGUCGGGGGUCGUAGUCUCUGCCGUUAAAAUUACUUUUCCGUGACGAAAACUCGCCUUAAAUUUUUGCUUAUAACGGGAAAAAAUUGACCAAUUCCUUUCAUAUCACAUGAAUAUUAUGUUUUAUUUUAUACUCCCUGUUCACAAUGUGUCUUUUUAAUGGGAACUGCAAGAAUCUAAAUCUGCACAGAAGCUUUUCCUUUCAGGUACAUACUUUAAUACAACUUGGAUUUUGUGUCAUGCUGACUUAGGCCACGGACCAUGCUGCUAAGGGGGGAGGGGGUUGAGGCCUUAACAGCACAAAUGCCGUUAAGGCGGAUCUCCACUAGACGAUUUUUAUGACGAUCGUCUGAAAAAUCCGCCACGAACAUGCGCAGUAGGAAAUGAAUGAUCGUAAAAGAGAUCGUCAAGCGCUCGACGAAAAGGAGAAACUAGUUCUACUUUUCGUCGAGCGCUUGACGAUCAUCAUAUUUUCAACCAAUAAGAUUCCGCGCUGUUUUUCUUGCUGCUAGUACAUCUCCACUUGUCUCUAAAUUGUCACAAAUUUUUAUGAUGAUCGUCAUAAACAUCGUUUCGAAAAUCAUCUAGUGGAGAUCUGCCUUUAAGCGUGACAAAACCUAUUUCUCCCUUAUACUGCAAAUUUGUAACAACUUUAAUAAAUAAGACAUAAAGGCAUUUUUUAUGCUACAUAAGCAAGCACAUGAUUAUUUUUACAAUGCUGUAUAAUUUACUGUUCGUGUUUACUGUUUUUAUUCAGCUAGCAAAGUUGAUUGCAUUUCCAGGGUACCCCUAGACUGUGAUUAGUCCCUCAGGAGAAAGGAGGGACUGCCAACAACACAUCAAGAAACGAAAUAUGUGUUGCCCACACAACGCAAAAUUCUCAUUGGUCGAAAUUAAUAUGCUUAUCAAUCAAAUAUGAUAUCAUUAUGUAGUAAUUAUGCUAUAAAUAAUUUCCAGACUUGAAUGUUGAUGUUAUAAAUAAACAAAGCCUGCUUAAGUGAGCAGUUCCUAUUGGAUAGAUCUAAUUGGAUAGAACUAAUGAUUAUGGAAAAGCAGAGCCAACUUGACAAGAGUGAAAAGUGGGUGUAUUUUGUUUCUUGAUGCAUUGUCGGCAAUCCCUCCUUUUCCUUCUCACACCCAGGAAUAAGAUGAUGAAAACUGUCAAGGACUGCAGACGUAUAUGGCAGUCAAUUUGCUGUUUACAAGUGCACCAAGACUUAAGCUUAAUGUGUAGGCAUUGUAACAAAUUAAGAAUUUCACUGUUUACCUCGGCCGAAAAAUUCUAUGUACAAUGAGUUACUUAAUAUAUACAUUUAUUUAUUAGUCUUGUGAGUAGUUCAAUUAUCACCAAAGCCUUUCUGAAAACUAUAGAAAUUAUUCUUGAUAAAGUUAUGAAAUUAUAUUAAACUAUAACAUGUGAAAUAGACAUUGGCAUUUAUACCGUUAUAAACAAGAACGUAAAAGACAAGGCUGGCAAGUAUAGCAAUUCUUGACAAACCUUCAAACCAAAAAGGAUCUACUUACCAACAUCAACUUUUUCAAAGAAGGUGUUGCCAGGUUGUAUUAUAAUAUUAUGUUUCUCGAGAAAUCUGGUGAUCAGCCCAGCAUUUCAAAAACACACUUAGAAGACGAAUCUGAAGUCGAAGGGACAACAGCAAAAAGAGUAUUAAACAGUUUCCUGUCACGCAAGCUGAACGCGAUGCCUUAGAAAGCGCAAUUGAACUUUCCAACGCUAUUGCCUAUUGGGAACGCUAUAAAUUGGGCAAAGAGUCAUCAAAAGAUGUAAGGAGGCUAGCAACGGAAGCAUUUAAACAACAUAGUGCUGAGCACAGAAGAUUGGUUGAAUUAAUCUAUCUUCUAGACAGUUCUAUGCUCAGCACUAGCAUUGCCAGCAGAAUCCUCGAGGGAAACAUCAAGGGGAACAUCGCUUGUACUGCAGGUAAAUCCUGUAGCUCUUUCAGAUAGAGUACGAAUCUGGAUCAGCUUUAGAUAUAUGUACAGGAUUUACUUGCAGUAUAAGCGAAGUUUUCUGUUUGGCUAGAUGAAAUUUACUGUACAAACAUCAAGAUGGGUCUUUUGAACUGACCAAAAAUAAAGAACGGCAAGACAUUUUAUCAUCCACUGCUCAACGACCACGCACUUAAACGAAAAAUUGAAAGAAGAAAAUUCAGGUCCCUGGUACCGGAAUCUCUCCACAGGUAUUUUCCAUUGCGCGUUAACCAAUAAAGGAGAAAUAAUAUCAAUGACUGCAAGUUUAGAUAAUCUGAAGAUCAUUAGGAAAAGCUGCGAGAGCGAGUUGUUUUGUACCAUUCCUAGUUCAGAAAAUGAUAGCGGUGGCCUGAACAAAGCUGUUUUGUUGUCGAUAAAAAAUGAUAACGUAUACAUAUACAUCGUCGUGCCGGUGAUGGAAAUCCCACACCACUAUAUGAAAGUAUUCCUCCUCCUCCUCGAUAUAAAUUAUUGACCUUGGAUGCGAGUGGCAAAGUAAAAGCGGACAAAUUUGUUGAUAUAAUUGAAACACUAGGGCAUGGUCCACAAAUAAAUGCGACCAAAGAUGGCACAAUCGUUAUCUACAGUGGUGCAUAGGAGGAACACUAUAUAUGUAUAUCUGCGACAUGCAGCACAAACACCAGGCAAGACUACAAAUUUAUUCCGACUUUUAAAGAUGUAAAUCUCCAUGAGAUUAUGAUGUAAAUCUCCAUGAGAUUAUUAAAUUUAGCUUCACUGUAUUCAAUUUGCACUUUUGUCUUUUUUUAAAAAAGGUGAAACAAAUUUUUUUAUGUACAUCAUUACAACGAAUGGUAAUCUAAAACGUACAAUGGUUAUGCAAAUACCUUCAGGUAUUUUCACAAUUUAUUCAAACCUCUUUUGGCGGUGUAGGCUGAGUAUCAACGAAACAACUUUUGCCAGUUUUCAAAGUAAUGAUGAUCAACCGCACACCACUAUCUUCAAAUUGCAUUGUGAAUUGCUCCGUCAGUUUAAUCAUGCCCUCUAUUAACUAUGGUUUAAUACUCUGCAUUGUGAUCUACGGCUGAUAUCACAUCCAAACAGGUAUAUCGCUUUGGUUGGAUUAAAAGCAUUUCUGCUUAAAUCUAACGUUAAAGUACUGGCUAGCUGCAGUAUACUGCGUUCGCGUUCCAGAAAAAAAUUGGCGACAAUUGAUAUUCGCAAUACAGUAAUUGUUUUCAGAUAUAAUUAAUUGUAGUUUUGAACGCGCGUUAGGAAGACAUUGGAAACGCGAAUGAAGUGUAAGGAUAUGUAUGAGUAGUAUUGUGUAAAAAUCAUUAAAAAUAUUAAAAUCGCUAAAAGUUAAUGAAGAUAAUUACGGGAACCACUCAUUAUUUUUAUAAAAUACAAAAGAACAGUAACUCCGAAUAACAUUUUGUUUUGAUUUAUUGAAUCUAUGUUUCGACUAGAUUGUAGUCAUCUUCAGGAUUAGUGUAAGAUUACAAAUACAGCUAUAUAUAAAGAGAAGAAAGGCGGAGCUUAAUGUCAGUGAAAUAUGAUCAAUUCUUUAGAUGCUUUAGCGCCAUGGUUUAGUUCCGGGUUUCGCCUCCGUAUAGCAAGAGACUCUUUAUACAAUAACAGAGACCAGUGAUCAGACUUGUCAAUUAUUUUACAGUUGUUGAAAAUUAAUUGAGUAAUAUUAGUGUUUAUAGGGUUAGAUGCGUCAGGUGAGAGUUCCAUAAGAGUUUUAAUGUAUUGAAAAUGUUCACAGGAGUUGAUGUUGGCGUUGAUCUCGGAGUUUUCGCGCGUACUAUGUUCUUGUAAACGCGUGUAGAGAAAUAAGAAACUAUUCAAGAUCAACACAUUUCUCUGAGACAGCUCAUGCAAGACAGCCCUGUAUGAACACAAGUUAUCAAUCACUUCCCAAACGACAUGGUUUAAAAAUGCCAAAUUAAAGUACCACGCUCAACGACCCAAUGUGGACAAGAAAUUGUCACAAAUAUCUGUACGCCAAGAACGCAAAUUUCAAUCCCUCCUGAAAGAACAUGCUAUAUCUAUUUGCUAUAUCUAUGGCCUAGCUACUCGACCGAACGAGUCUGAUGUCAUCGCGUCGGCUGAAUCAAUAUGGGACCAGCUUAAGAACCAAAACCUUCUACCAGACAGCUUCAUCAAACAACAGAAAAUCAAAGCAUCAAUCAAAGCACUGAGCACUCGCCUGCAAUUUCCUGGAUUUUGAUGACCGUCAGUUGAACGUUGAUCAUAAACGCAUCAAAAUCCUGAAAGACCUCCGCAAGAAAUACGCCAUCCUAAAACCUGACAAAGGCAGCGGUGUUGUUAUAGUUAACAGAGAAGACUACAGAAAUUGUAUGACGGGUCUCUUCGCUGAUGAAACCAAAUUCAAUAAACUCAAAUCAGAUCCUAUACACUCACUCAACUAACAACCCUUCAAAACUACCUGAGAACAAUUUACAAACGCGGUGAAAUUACAAGUGAUGUUUUCUCAGAAGUACAACCUCAAUCCACCCAACCAGCCCGAGCACAUGGCCUUCCCAAAACCCAUAAGGACUUUGAUACAUUACCACCUUUCCGUCCCAUCAUUGACACCACUGGCACUGCCUACCAACCGAUUGCCAAAUACCUCGCUAGACUACUCAAUCCUCUAACCAUGAACGUCCACACAUUAAAAGACAGCUUUGAAGCAGCCUCUCGCAUCCGGAACAUACCACAAAACCUAUUCAGAGACGGGUAUAGAUUUGUUUCGUUUGACGUUAAGUCCCUAUUUACGAAUGUGCCCCUUAAGAAAACCAGCAAUUUAAUUCUAGAUAGAAUUUACAACAAGAAACAACUUAACACAACCCUAAAGAAACGAACGUCGAAGAAACUACUGCUUGACUGUUGCACCAAGACUCCCUUCUCGAUAAACGGCGAACUCUUUAAACAAGUCGACAGCGUAGCAAUGGGUUCUCCACUUGGCCCUACCCUUGCCAACAUCAUCAUGACUAACUUCGAAGAUGAAAUUGUACGCCAAUUAAUCGACUCGAACAUUAUCAAAUUUUACGCCCGCUAUGUUGAUGAUACUUUAUAUAGUCCUCGCUAAACCUUCUGAUAUCCCGAAAAUAAUACAAACGUUUAACUCAUUUCACCCUCAAACAACGUGCAAUUUCUCGACCUAAAGAUCAAUACCUCGGACAUAACUACUUUUCGCAAGAUGACACAUACCGGCCAAUACACACACUUAUCAAGUUUUACCCCAUGGUCACGCAAAACAGCAUGGAUUAGAGCCAAAGUGAACCGCGCAUAUAAAAUUUGCAGCAAUCCACAGCUACUGCGUACUGAACUCAAGGCCAUCAAAGAAUUUAUGUCCUGGAACGGUUUCUCUCAUAACCUUGCUAAUAAGCUAAUUAAAUCCUUUACACCACGCACAGAAACACAUAAUAAUACCACGCACGUCGACCAAGCAGAUAGUACUACCCCAGACAACCUACCCAAGAUAUGAAUAAGACUACCAUUCAUUGGCAAUUAUGGCAACACCUUGACAAAGAAGUUUAUGAGUAAAACACGCCGUUUGCUAAAGAGUCCGUGUAAGUUUAUUUUGAACUGGCGAAGCACGAACUCGAAUUGCUUCCUGUCAUGCAAAGACAAGACGCCGGACGAAUAUAAAAGCUCCGUGGUUUAUGAAUUUUCAUGUCCGGGCUGCCGAAGCGCUUAUAUUUGCAAAACGGACCGCUGUCUCUACACGCGUUUAAAAGAACAUAGUACGCGCGAAAACUCCGAGAUCAACGCCCACAUCAACUCCUGUGAAUAUUUUCAAUACAUUAAAACUCUUAUGGAACUCUCACCUGACGCAUCUAACCCUAUAAACACUAAUAUUACUCAAUUAAUUUUCAACAACUGUAAAAAAAUUGACAAGUCUGAUCACUGGUCUCUGUUAUUGUAUAAAGAGUCUCUUGCUAUACGGAGGCGAAACCCGGAACUAAACCAUGGCGCUAAAGCAUCUAAAGAACUGAUCAUAUUUCACUGACAUUAAGCUCCGCCUUUCUUCUCUUCAUAUAUAGCAGUAUUUGUAAUCUUACACUAAUCCUGAAGAUGACUACAAUCUAGUCGAAACGUAGAUUCAAUAAAUCAAAACAAAAUGUUAUUCGGAGUUACUGUUCUUUUGUAUUUUAAUGAAGAUGUACAGUAAGCUUGGUUGCAGGCAUUUCAAGAUAAUAAGCAUAAGUUACAAUGAUUGUAAUAAGCAUAAGUUACUUAAUUGUUUAUUAGCAGCAGUUCUUAUUUAAGCAUGGAUGUUAUAAACAUUUUGGAUACAUAUACAAAACAUAUAAAACAGUAUAAAUAUGCAAGGUUCAGUGAGUUAACUACAUGCUGAUAAUCAUUGAAAUAUAUUGGACACUUGAACUACCUUUGAAUAUCUUACCAAUGCACCUUUCCUGAAAGUACGUCACUUUUGGCUAUAUGCGCGGGCGCAUCUACAGCGACAUUAACAAUCAACAAACGUCCAAUGUAUAAUGCUGGGAAAGUACCAACCAACCCAAGGGUUGGUGCGACGGUGGGAAAAAUUUACUAAGGCAGCACGAAAGUGAAUUAUUAGCCUAACUCGUGAUCUAUUGCCACUCUAUAAGGCAGCGUAAAUGCAUAAUAUACAAUAUACAGUGUAUAUCAGACACCCCUACACUCAUGAUCGAAGAAGAAGAAGAAGAAGAUUUAUUACCAAUGACAAAAAUAAUAAAAAAAGAAUACAAUAUAAAUAUAACAAAUUAGGCAAACGGCCAACUAAAGUAGUCACGACGGACAAGCCUAGCUAGACUAUACAUACAGUGUAGACUAGCUUGAUGUUAAUUAUUUUUAUUCAUAAAUUUAUGAAACGAAGGCAAGUUACGACGAAUAGAACCUUAUGCAAGACGCCUGCAAUUUAGAUUUUAUGAGAAGUACUUAAAUCUUAAUUUAAAUAUAUUAGUAUAUACAUGCAGUUUAUUAAAAAAAUUAAAUGGAUGAAUUAUUGAAGAAAGAGAAAGUAAAGGGAGAUGCAAGACAUGCAUGCAGGAAGUCAAAUUUAAAACUAGACGCAGAGAGACACGCAGAGGCGAUGCUCGGGACAGACAGACGGAUGUGUGGAAAGAUGGACAGACAGUCCAUGUCCUGUAGAAAGGGCAGUCCCAUACCAUGGACAAAUCAUCAUGACUGUCUGAAGAUGUAGGAAAUAGAAAUAGAAAUAGGACUAGUUUCUCAAAAUGCAUUCAUUUGAAGGCUUUGUCAUAAAAUGCUUUUUUAUGCCUUUUGGGCAACACUGUAUAUGCAUGGUCUAGUCUAACAUUUCAUUUCUUUAGCCUGAAAUUUUCUCGCAUGUGCUGAGUCUGGAUACUUGGAACUGUGUUCUAACACCAGAUGACCGAAAACAUUUAAAGGUAAAGUAUUUGGUUAUUGAAUGAUCAUUUGUUUAUUUGGCACAUACUAUGGCACAUUUAUUUGCUAAAUCGAAACAUUCUGAUAAACGCCGGUCGUAUUUUAUGUUACGACAUUUACAAAAUAAUAGCCUGCAGAACAUACAGUAGUUAAUUGUGCUCAAAUCAUUGUUUCUGGUAGACCAGAUCAAUACUGCAUUUCUUGGUUUCAAAGAUGGUAUUAAUGACAAUUUUUUAUAUUAGAAUCAUCACAUAUAGAUUUCUAAUGAUAUCUUCAAACAAAUAACAUGUUUUUGUUGCCCCGGAGCAAAGUGUCCCUGCUAGGCGAGUGCCCCUGUCUACAUAGGCGAGUCACUAAGGUCAAGACUCAAGACUUCUCCCCGGACAAGUAAAAUAUAAUGUGAACAUCGCUACUGUUUCAUUAAGGAUCCAAGACAUUUUUUCCCCCGGGAGAAUUGCUUGCCCCGGGACAUAUAUAAGGCUGUCCCACAGGUAUAGUGUGACUCGUAUCUUGAGUUGUUUACAAUAUAUUUUAAUUGGAUAACCUUUCUCUAUUUCCUAAAAUUGUUUGCUGGGGAAUGUUUCGGGGCAAAUCAGGCGUUUACACAAUAUUGUUUGAAUACUAAUCAAGUUUAACAUGAAAUCUUUCUAGAAAUUUCUCCCUGUUUUACCAACUGAUUACCCUCAUGCUCAAGAAGAGAAUCUGAGGUACUUGUAAUUUUAAGCCGCUGUUAUGUGCUUGUAGUACAUAAGGCACUUGCAUGUGAGAUAUACUUGUAGUUGGCCAGAUGUUGUGAAACCCGCUCAACGAAUGAUCACUGCCUGAAAUUGUUGGAAGGGGAAGUAGGUGUGCUUGUGCUUGCAUGGCUCGCCCUAUGUUAGCAUAAGAACAUUUAAAUUUGUCCUAUAUCUGUAAUCAGAUUAGCAAAUGGGACUGAUUAUCCUCAACUUGUACAACUAGUGUCGUUUCUUACCCUCUUCAAUUUUACAGAGCAUGAAAUGUUCGACAUGAAACAACUGAAUACUGUUCUGACGCUAAUAAUGUUUAAACCCUCUGACGAAGAAAUGGUUCAGAGUUUGACAAGAAUGUGGUAUUCGUGACCCUGUCAGACUUAGAAAACCCAAAGGCUGCUACUGUUUUGUUAAUAUGAGGAAUUAACGGCCUUAUUGGCGAGAUUUUAAUUUUGUUCAUCGAUGGCGAAAUAUUGCAAUGGAAUGUUAAUUCUCCUCCCAUUUUAACGAAAACCUUUUUAAUAGAGGACAGAACGAAGAGAACAAUAAUUACAAGACUCGCACAAAACCUUUAGUUAUGUCAGUAUUAUCGUAUUCAUGCAUAUUGCAUGUAGAAUUAAUGCUAAUAAAAAGACAUUUUUGCAGGUCUCUCUUUGGUGGGGAAAAUUUUAAGUUUGGAAACCCAUUGGAAACUUUCCAAAAGAAACUUCAAGGUAUUGUAAAUGUUUGUAAAACUUUUAUAGAAACAUUAACCUAUCAAACAAACUGG